AUGAUAGCUUCCUUCGCUGUUUCUGCUCACUUCGUCAUGGAUGGUUCUCUCGUCAGUAAUGUUAUCUUCGUCAGCGAUGAAGACCUUCUUGAAGAUGAAGACCUUCUUGAAGAUGAAGACAACCUUGAAGACGAAGACAAUCUUGAAGAUGAAAACAAUCUUGAGGAUGAAAACUAUCUUGAAGACAAAGAUUGCCUUAAAGACACCUUGAAGAUGAAGACAAUCUUGAAGACGAAGACAAUCUUAAGGACAAAGACAAUCUUGAAGACAAAAGACUUCCUUAAAGACGAGGACUUCCGUGAAGAUGAAUAUUGUUUUUUAGAAGAUCUUGAAGAUGAAGAUUGCCUUGAAGAUGAAGAUGAUCCAUACAAGACCUUGAAGAUGAAGACCUCCUUCAAGACGAAGAUCAUCAAUGCUGACCUUGAAGAAAAAGUCAACCUUGAAGACGAAGACAAUCUUGAAGAUGAAGACAAUCUUGAGGAUGAAGACUAUCUCGAAGACGAAGAUAAUCUUGAAUAUGAAGAUUGCCUUGAAGAUGAAGAUGAUCUAUACAAGACCUUGAAGACAAAGAUAAUCUUAAAGAUGAAGACUAUCUUGAAUAUGAAGAUAACCCAUGAAACAAUAUGCAUUGGCAUCUUUGUAAUGGAGUAA